AUGUUGUGCUCGGUUUGUAACGAAGACAUUUUUCAAGGCGAUGAUAUAAAAUGUUUAAAAUGCAAGAAAUAUUUGCAUUUUUCAUGUGGAGGAAUGAGAGAAGCUAACUUCAGAAAAUUAGCCGGAGCAAAUAAAGAGAAGUGGUGCUGUGCAAAAUGCAAGUCGACGAUCAUUAAUACGGUUAUUACGCAAGAAGAAGAUUCUUUUGUUGGCUCAAAUGAAACUUUAGCAAAUUUAAUUGAGUCGGUUAAAUUCAUGAGCAAUCAAUUUGAUAAUUUUGGUAAACAAUUAUCGGAGGUUCUAAAUUCUAUAAAAGAAUUAAAAGAAGAAAAUAAAAGUCUAAAAGAAACUAAUUGUAAAUUAAAGGUUGAUAUUGGCAGUCUGACCAAAAAAAUUAAUGUUUUAGAACAAAUUGCAAUCAUAAGCAAUGUGGAGAUAAUUGGAGUGCCUGAAGAAAAAAAUGAAAAUUGUGUGGAAGUUGUCGAAAAUAUUGCUACUAAACUGGGUGUUAAGCUAUCAGUAUUAAAUGCUUUCCGGAUGUAUUCGAAAUAUAGUGAUAGACCGAAAAAAAUUAUUGCAAAGAUAAAUUCGUCAGAAAAUAAACAUCAAUUAAUGGAUUAUGUCAAGAAAAGAAAAUUAAACACUAAACACCUGAAUGAAAACUGGGAGAAAGAUAAUAGAGUUGAGGCAGGUGUUAUACAAACAAAUAUUUCUGAUCAUUAUUCCACAGUAAUUGCUCUUGAAUUUAAUAACAUUUCGUUAUCACUUGAAAACUGGUCAGAGUUAGCUAUCACUAAUGUUAAUGAUUGUUAUAAUAUUUUUAUGGAUAAGAUUGCUCGUGCGAUAAAUUCGGUGACAACAUUUAAAAAAUCGAAUGCGAAAAAUAAUCAUAUAAAGGAAUGGAUGACUCCUGGUCUGCUACGCUCUUUACGUAGAAAAAAUGCAUUAUCUUUAAAAGUAAAAAAACACCCGGAUAAUGAUAAUUUGCGUUCAUAUUAUAUAAAAUACAGAAAUAUUUUCACUAGAAUUUUAAGAACUUCAAAAAAUAAUUUUUAUAAAAAAAAAUUUACUGAUAUAUCAUAUAGUCCAAAAUUAACAUGGAAAUUAAUAAAAGAGUUCACAGUGUCUAAAAUUAAUAAAGGUGAUGCAAUUAAAACUUUAAUCCAUAACAAUGAACUUAUAAUUCCUUCGGAAGAUCCGGUGAGAGUUUCAAACCUGUUUAACGAAUUUUUUAUAAAUAUUGGUAGUAACCUUGCAUGUAAAAUAAAAAAAUCGGAUUUUAUUUAUGAUGAACCAAGCACAAAAGCCUCAUUUGACAUGAUUUUUAAAGAGAAAAUUAACAAUCAAGAAAUUAUAAAAAUAAUAAAUAAUUUGAAGGAUGAAACUGCUGCAGGUUUUGAUGAAGUAUCUGUGAAAACAUUAAAGGCUAUUGCUACAAAUAUUAUUGAACCUUUAACAUAUAUAUAUAACCUAAGUAUUACUGAAUGUAUAUUUCCUGACAAACUUAAACUUGCAAUUGUCAAACCAUUAUAUAAAAAUGGUGACUCAAAGAUCAUGAAUAAUUAUAGACCAAUAUCAAUACCCAGGUUGGGUACAGAAAAUGCACUGUACAGUGCUAGCAAAUUCAUAUAUAAUGCGCUUGACAAUAACAAUAAAGCAAUGGCAAUAUUUUUAGAUCUAGCUAAAGCCUUUGAUACGGUCAAUCAUAACGAACUUUGUAACAUUCUACAAAGUUUUGGUCUAAAUAAUUGUAGUUUAAAAUGGUUUAUAAGUUAUUUGGAUAACAGGAAACAAAUUGUGCAAAUAAUGAACUCCUCAGGUGAAGCAUUGAGUAUUAAAUGUGGAGUACCACAAGGAUUCUAUUUAAAACUGAUACCGAACAUAAAGCAACUAUGUAAGUAUGUCUUGAAAAAUAAUGACAUUAAAAGGUAA